GGCUGAGGUCCGGACAGCCUGACCUGAGGAGAUGCUGCUUUCAGCCAUGGCGGGGCCAUGGGAAUCGCAGGACAGUGGCUCAGCGACCUCGACAGGGGCGGCCACCACUCCCAGCACCAUGCGUCACCGGAGCCCCCUGCCGGAGGUGAGGGAAGAGGAGACCCCGCUGACGAGCGCCCGCCGGCUCUGGGCCUUGCUCCGGGGGGGCAUCCGGGCCACUACGGAGAAGAUGAAGAAGGAAGAGCUGAAGGCUGCCCAGUUGACCCACGGCCUCCAGCACCUGCGUCACCUCAGCUUCCCGCAGCCCGUGUGCCACGUUGCCUACAACAGCAGCACCAGCCUCUUCGUGGUCCUGGACGCGGAGAGCCAGCUGCAUCUGCACAAGGAGGACGGCUGGUUCAGCCACGGCACCCAGGCCCCAGAGCCCAUCGCGGGCUUGCUGUAUGCCACCCAGGUCAACAAGUACGUGGCCUGGGACCAGGGCAGCCUGCAGGUGCUGGGCCCAGCCUUCGAGGUCCUCUCCAAGGUGCUGGCCCCGCAUGGCAUCUGUUGCUGCCGCUACAGCCCAGAGCUCAAUCAGGUGGUGACAGCUGGAGCGGGCAGCCUGUCCAUCUGGGCCUUCCGCUAUGGAUUCUCCCAGCUGCAGUGCCAGGCCACCGUGCAGCAGGGCCUGUCCCCUCGCGACACCUUCACCCGGCUGGCCCUGGACACCCGCGUCCCCCAGAAAUGCUUUGCUGCCUGCGGCACCGGGGUUGCUGUCUUCAACAUCUCCCAGGGGGAGCUACUGACCUUCCAGAGGGACCUUCACAACAGGGCCAUCACUGACAUCGUCUAUUGCGAGGCAGGGGCGUGUGUGGUGACGGCUUCCCGCGACACCACCAUCAAGGUCUGGGACGAGAAGUGGCUGAUCCAGACAAUCUUCGUGGGACACACUGGGCCUGUGACCGCUGUGACCAUCUACCCCCAGGGACCCCUCAUCCUCUCUGCCUCCCAGGACGGCACCAUUCGCACCUGGAACCUGCAGACCAUUGACCAGGUGGACGAAGUGCAUGUGGCCGAGGUGGUGGAGCAUCUGCAGACGCACCCAGAGGGCGGGUACGUGGUCUCGCUGACCGGCUCCACCAUGGACCUUUGGAAGGUCAACCAGCUCUAUUCCCUGCACACCCGGCUGGGUGCCGCCGUGACGCGCCUCUGUACCAUCGACCUGAGUGCCGUGGGCAGCUUCCCAGUGCGGGCUGUGUGCGCGUGCCAGGACUCCACCGUGCGGCUCGUGGCCGCGCACACCGGCCGCAUCCUCUCCACCCUGCUGCUGGACAGGCCCUGCCAGGCCGUGGAGGUGGCCUACUGUCUGCCCAAGGAGACCCUGUUCGUGCUGCUGGAGCUGGGCCAGCUCCUGAGGGUGAACGCCGCGGUCAACCCCAUGAGCGUCAAGAAGAUGGUGGCGCCCUGGAGCGAGUCGGCACGGCCCUGCUGCCUGCUCGUCUACAGCCACAUCGUGGACCCCAAGAAGGCCUAUGCGCAAUGGCGGGAGAUCGUGGAGCAGAAAGGGGACAAGAAGUCCUGGGCACGGCUCCCGCUAAAGCUGCAGGACAAAAACAGGUACCUGCUAGUGCUGGGACAGGAGGACGGCUCGCUCUGCGUGCUCCGGUGGUUCACCGGGCGUGUUCAGUACCAGGUGGAGGCUCACGGCUCGGAGAGGGUGACCGCGCUGGCUGCCUACCCCCACGACACCUGGAUCAUCUCAGCCGGUGGCGAUCGCACGGUGAAAGUCUGGCGCAUCUUCCCCUACAUUGACGAGUGCCUGACCCUGCUGCGGAGCUUCUCCUGCCAGCAUCCCGUGCUGCACAUGUGCCCGCUGGGCUCCACGCUGGGCACCGCCGUCCAGGACCCCGAGAGUGCCACCUACAGCAUCGUCCAGUACGACCUGCUGGCCCAGAGCCGCCAGGAGCACGGCCCCGAGGACGACCCGCUGGACGAGAUCACGGGCCUGUGCUGCUGUCCCACGCUGAAGCUCUUUGCGUCGGCCAGCAGGGAUGGGUCGGUGAAGGUCUGGAACGCCCAAAACCAGCUACUCAGGCACCUCAAGCUGAACACGAUCCCGGAGAGCCUGGCCUUUGGGGACGAGCGCGGGGACCUGCUGCUGGGCGUGGAGCAGCACCUGCACCGCAUACACCACAGCAAGUACCUGCCCAGGCCGUAUCUCACCAAGCUGCUGUGCAUGAGCCUCCCAGACCCUGUGCAGGACUCUCCUUUCCCCCUCAGCGACAGCUCCCUGCGGCCCCUCAACAAGGACGCUAGACAACGGCUGCUCCUGGAGCCUCGUUCCCUCGCUGUCAAGCUGUGCGUGCCGCUGCUCCGCUGGAAGCCCAAGAAGGACGAGGACUUGUCUUGGGCGCGCCAGGAGAAGGAGGAGGCCUGUGCCCAGCUGGCGGCGAGGGACCAGGAUCUGCUCCUCAUUCAGCAGGGGAAGCUCUCCGCCACCAGGAAGCCCAAGCUGAACAAGAAGCUGCGGGACGAGGCCUUUGAACAUUACAUGCAUCUCGUCUACAGGCAGCCGCGGAGGAUCCAGAUCCCCCACAAUGAUUCCUUUGAUGCAGAUAUGGUUCUGGAGGCUUGUCUCCUUAGCCCACUGGUACCGAAACUCUACGGCCCGACUGCUUCUCGCAUGUUCCUAGGGGCCUUCCUUGAUGGUGCCGAGGAGAAUGCGGAACGCCCGAUGCUCAAGGCUCCCGCGGCAGAUGGGGUUUGCCGAGAGGACGCCCUGGAGCCUCGUGCAGGCCGGGGCUCACGUUUAGCACUUCCAACCCCCAGUGCCUCCAAAGGGCUGGAAGACUCCCUGCGCCGCUCCUCGCUGGCAAGGAUCCGGAGUCAGAUAUCCCAGGCUCCCGCGGCAGAUGGGGUUUGCCGAGAGGACGCCCUGGAGCCUCGCGCAGGCCGGAGCUCACGUUUAGCGCUUCCAACCCCCAGUGCUUCUAAAGGGCUGGAAGACUCCCUGCGCCGCUCCUCACUGGCAAGGAUCCGGAGUCAGAUAUCCCAGAUAAGGGCUUGGAUCGACGCCGAGCAGGCUCGGGCUCCCGCGGCAGAUGGGGUUUGCCGAGAGGACGCCCUGGAGCCUCGUGCAGGCCGGAGCUCACGUUUAGCACUUCCAACCCCCAGUGCUUCCAAAGGGCUGGAAGACUCCCUGCGCCGCUCCUCGCUGGCAAGGAUCCGGAGUCAGAUAUCCCAGGCUCCUGCGGCAGAUGGGGUUUGCCGAGAGGACGCCCUGGAGCCUCACGCAGGCCGGGGCUCACGUUUAGCGCUUCCAACCCCCAGUGCCUCUAAAGGGCUGGAAGACUCCCUGCGCCGCUCCUCGCUGGCAAGGAUCCGGAGUCAGAUAUCCCAGGCUCGCCAGGAGGCCGCGGCAGCCAGUGAGAGCCAGCACACCGGCAGCCGCAGCCGGUCGCCUUCACUGCAGAUCACCAGAGUCAACGGCCAUGGCCCCUCCACGUCUCAGGAGUCGUCCCAUCUCCACGUCCGCAGGCUGUCAUCCGGCUUCCUGCCCAAUUCGGUGGUGGUGCAGCAGUUCCGGAGCCAGGAUGACAUCGAGUCUGCGAGGGAAUCGCUGCUGGCCAUGUGGCUGGAAGUGCAACAGGAUCAGGCCGGGAGGGCAGGCCCCGAGCGCGGCGAGGAGCUGCUUGGUACUGAAGAGGAAGAGGACGAGGCGGCCAGGACAGCGGCGAUUCUAGAGAAAAUAUCCAGCAUUUCCCUGCCUGUCCCCAAGUGGAAGGAGAGCGUGACGAGUUUUUUCCUGACACAGCCUGAUGAGUUUGAGCAGCCCCAGGCCUCUCCCUCCGGAGGCGAGAUCCCAUCCUUCGUCCUCCAGUUCGAGGACACAGAAUGGUUCAGGCAGAUCUACCCCGUCCUCAGCUCAAUGGAUUCCCUGCAGGGACUGAGCGUGAGCAGGUUUGUGCGCCGGCUCCUGGAGGCGCUGCUCACCGUGGACGAUGGUGCGAAGACGGGCAUAGUCCAAGCCAUCCUAACGCUGCACGAGCAACUCGGGGUGGAGAACGGCCGUGAGGUCUGCAAGGCCCUGCUCCUCAUCCUGAACCAGAGCGACCCGCCCAGUCUGGAGGAAAAGACUCAGAAAAAGUUUGUCCUGACCUCCCUGAAUGCCCUCAUGGCCUUCUGCCGAGACAGUAAGGAGCUGCUGCUGGAGCUUAUGGCAUACUUCCUGCACAGUCCCGUCUCCAGCAGGGGGUCCAUUAAGGCUCUUUUCGUAGAGCUGGGCCUGGAGGAUCCGCACAACUAUUUCUACCAGGAGAUGGACUCUUGGGAUCUUUCCAGGGAGAAGCCUGUCACCAAGGCAGCGCUGAGGAGAAUCUGCGCACAGUGGCUUGAAGGAGUGAUGCAGGAUUUCCAGGAUCACAAGAGCAGCACGUUGGAGCCGUUCCAGGCACGGGCGGGGAAAAGGCACUUCCCUGGGAGCAGCCCAAAGGCUAAGAAAGCUGCAGGGAGGAGCAGGGUUUCUCCCUCUGCUGGCAGCCCAGAGCCGUCAGUGGGGCCAAUAAACGCAAUAAACCAUUUCUGUAAAGUGCAAAUGAAGAGGGAUUUGGAGGAUCUGAAACAGCCAAAACCUGCUGGAGCACAGGAAACCAAGAACACAGUGAUGGCCUUGCCUUCCACUGGGAGGAGCCAGGCCAUCUUGCGGCUAGGAGAGACCAACACUAUGGCGCGAAGGAGACCAUCCCAAUGUUUCUACCUUCCGCGCAUUUUUCCACUCCCUUUGUUGACGGGAUUUGUACAUGCUAUUAAAUUGCCAGUGCCAAGAAUCAACGUGAACCCAUUUCCACCUGAUUCUGACAUGCCAGCAUCACAAAAUACAUUCAUCUCCAUGCAGCAGAAAGUCCAGAAAUAUUUCAUCCCAAAGUUCUCACUUGCAGAUAGCUAUCCCUGAAGGCAUGGCUAGCCAAGAUGGCUCUGCAUUGACCGGACUCCCAGACUUGAUCAUUAGCAGAGGCCAGUGAACGAGAAUGAUAAUGGGCUCUUCUAGGUCUGGCUAUAAGGAAACUAAAUAAACUAUAGUCUAUAUAUAUGGUAAAGAUGAGAGGCCCAGCUGAGAGUUAUACACCAACAUCUGGAUGGAGCAAGCUACACAAAACAAAACGCACCGGGGAAAUAAUAAAUGG